AUGAACCUUAUAAUCCAGCUCCAAUGGCAGCAGCUAGAGGGGGUGCAAGUAGUGCUAGAGGGGGUGCAAGUAGUGCUAGAGGUCCAAUGGACUUGUUUGUUAGAAAACCUGAAACUGCCAUUGCAAGAAACAAAAGAGAGAAAUUGAGGCAGCAGAACAUCAAAGAAGCAUGUAAUAAGGAAGCAGUUCGUAGAGUUCAUCGAUACAUAGCACGGUGGUUCUACCAUGCUGGGAUUCCAUUGAACCCGGUAAAGUUGAAGAGUUUUCAAGAAAUGUUGUGGGCUGUUGGAAGCUUUGGUCCCAAUUUACCUGCUCCCAGUUAUCAUGCUCUAAGGGUUCCACUGCUUAAUGAGGAGUUGGAUUACACCAAAGGAUUGUUGAAGGGUCAUAAAGAGCAAUGGGAAAAGUAUGGUUGCUCUAUUAUGUCAGAUGCUUGGACGGAUAAAAGGCAAAGGAGCAUUAUUAAUUUUCUUGUAAACUCUCCAGCUGGGACAAUGUUUUUGAAGUCUAUUGAUACUUCUGAUUAUGUGAAGACUGGUGAGAAAUUAUUUGAGCUUCUUGAUGAUGUUGUCGAGGAAAUUGGUGAGCACAACGUUGUUCAAGUUGUAACUGAUAAUGGGAGUAAUUAUGUUCUUGCUGGUAAGUUGCUGAUGGAGAAAAGGCCAAAUUUGUUUUGGACUCCUUGUGCUGCCCACUGUUUGGAUUUGAUGCUUGAGGACAUUGGGAAGUUACCAUUAAUUCAAAAAACCAUAAAAAGGGCCAUUUCAUUGGUUAGCUUCACCUAUAGUCACUCUAGCACGUUAGCUAUGUUGAGACACUUCACAAAUGGCAAGGAGUUGGUAAGGCAUGCAGUCACCCGAUUUGCCACUUCAUUUCUCUCUUUGGAAAGGCUUUAUGAGGAGAAAGAAAAUUUGAGAAGAAUUUUCACCUCGGAUGAAUGGGCAAAGAAUAAGUUGUCAAAUGAGGCAAAGGGGAGGGAGGCAACAAAGAUUGUUAUCAUGCCCUCUUUUUGGAAUCAUGUCAAGUACACCCUUAAGAUCAUGGGCCCUCUUGUUCGGGUGCUUAGACUUGUUGAUGGAGAGAAGAAGCCACCAAUGGGAUAUAUUUAUGAAGCAAUGGAGAAGGCAAAGGAAUGCAUCAUGAAAACAUUUCUUAAUGAUGAGAGAAAGUACAAUGAUGUUUUUAAAAUCAUUGACAACAGAUGGAAUUGCCAACUUCAUCGUCCAUUGCAUGCAGCCGGUCAUUUUCUAAAUCCCGAGUUGUUUUAUGACAACCCUCGGAUUGAGCUGGAUUUAGAAGUUACAAAGGGGUGGUUUGAGUGCAUCACUAGAUUGGUGCCAAGUCAAGCUGUGAAACAGAAGAUAUUGGAGGAGCAAGCACUAUACAAGGCCGGCUAUGGACUUUUUGGAUCAGAUUUUGCAAAAUCUCAAAGGAAAAAGAUUUCACCCGCAUUUUGGUGGCGAACAUAUGGGCAUGAAGCUCCAAACAUGCGAGACCUUGCUAUCAAGAUCUUGAGCUUGACUUGUAGUGCUUCUGGAUGUGAGCGUAAUUGGAGUAUAUUUGAGCACAUUCAUACUAAGAAAAGAAAUAGGCUUGAUCAUGAAAGGAUGGAAAGUUUGGUCUUGAUAAAGUAUAACCAACAACUCAUCGAGAGGUACAACCUCAAAGAUGAAGUUGACCCUAUUGCACUCAAUGAUAUUGAUAAGUGUAAUGAGUGGUUAGUGGGAGAAAUUGGGACUGCCACCUUUCGAGAUGAUAGUGUGGAUGAUGAUGCUGAUUUCGUUCAUCAAGAUGACAACACUUUGAGUUGGAACCUUGUUUUUGAAGCAAUGGGAGGACAUGAUCCUACAACAAAUACUAGAAGACAACAAAAUAGGAAAAGAAAAGAACCUGCAACUGCAAGAGGUGGUGCAAAAGGUGGACCAAGUGGGUCUAAGGCUUCAAAAAAAGGAAAAGGAAAGGCAGUAAUUGUGGAAGAGGAAGAACCAGAAUUUGAAGAUGAAGAGGAUUCUGAAAAUGAAAAAGAACAAGAAGAGGAGAUUCAAUUCAAUGAUACCGAAUCAGAGGAUGAUGAGGGAGCAGAGGGACAUGAUAAUAAUCGUGUUAAUUUGGAUGAAUUUGAUGAGAGCUAGAAUCUAGAUGUUCUAUAGUUUUUAUGUUGUGUCUUCUAUUUUAUGGCUUGCUUAUGACUUUUGAGUUAUGAACUUAUGAUUUGAACUUGAUGUUAUGUUUAUUUGCUAAAUUUGCUACUAUAUUUGCUAUAUUAAUUGGAUGUUUUAUGACUAGAAAGUUGCUUAUAUAGAUAGAUUUUAUAGUUUAUUAUAUUUGCAAUUUUUCUGCAUGUUUUUUUGUACAUAUAUGUGUAUUUUUUAGGUAAUCCGCCAUUUCCGCCAUUUUCCGCAACGCCAUCCGCUAUAACUUUAUGGCGGAUUUUUGGCUCACCGCCAUGAGCCGCCAUCCGCAAUAAAAAACUAUGGUGUUCUUGUCUGGAAUUCUACUUUGCUAAUUUCAAAUUCUCUUUCUAAGCUUCCUUCCAGUCUUAUUCAGGCAUAAAUCAUAGUUUUGUUGAGUGGUUUCCUCUAAUAAGUGCUUAAUGACAAUACAUUGAGAAAAUAGUAAUCCUCGUCAUCUUAGUUUUAUAUAUGCCACUUUUUUUUUUGAUAUUGUUGAGUCCUUGCAUUUUUGUUGGAAGUUCGAUAUGUUUCAUGCAAAUUAUUGAGCAAUCUGUCAAGCUCCAAGUGAGUUUUUUGUAUCAAUAUAUCAAUAAGCUAGGUUUUGUAACUCAAUUGACUAGAGUGCAAGGGAUUUCAAUAUGCUGUUCUUAACCCCAUAGCUAUCAGAUGGGGCUUUAUUUUUUCCUGAUCCUGACUUGAAUCUUCUAAUGCAAUAAACAUCUAUGUGCUAUAAUCUUAGCAAUUUUGAACAUAUCUUCAUAUACUGUGCUUGAAUCAUAAGAUGAUUAUGUUCCUUGUUUAAACGCUUCUGUGAACUUAGAUGGUUGUAAUUGAAAUUGAACACAAUUCUAUAAUUUUUGUUAAAUUGUUGAAUUUUUGCUAUGAUAUUGAAUUGAUUCAUUGAAUAUUUACUAUUUUCAUUUUUUCUGAACAGGAAUGACAUCGACUCAAGCUAAUGCAAGUAAAAAUUCGACUAACAUUCCAGCUUCUCAGUCAGAAAGUACAGCUGGAAUCGCUAGUAAAAGAAAAGUUUCUAAGAAUGCUCUUGGAAGUAGAACUGAUGUAGGAUGGGAGAACGGGAUAUCUGUUGGAGAAGAUGGAAAGAAGAUACAAUGUAAAUACUGUCAUAAAAAUUUUUCAGGAGGAGUUUAUAGAUUGAAACACCACUUAGCAGGAACUCAAAAAGAUGUUGGGGCUUGUACAGCUGUUAUUUGAGAUUUAUUUUAUUUUCUGUAAAAUUAGUUUUUGCUAUUAAAUUUUUCUAAAUUUUUAUAAUUUACGAGUCAUAUUUACGUUC